GAGAAUAAGGAAAAUUUUCUUUUUGAACUAAACAAGGCCGACGACGUCGUAGGCCAAAUUUUUAGCCCAACAAACGUUGUCCUCUGCCAUCCAGCCCAAAUAAGUCUGACCUUUUCUAAAAAAAAAAAGAAAGAAAAAACCGCCUCCCCUUGUCCUCUGCUCCGGCCGCCAGUAGCAGCUGUGUGUUUUGCAUCUCGGCCGGCGACGCCGGGCAGCCGCAUUCCCCUGCGACCGUGAGCCUGUACUCCGUACCCUGACCGCCGCCCCUCACUCAUCCGAGCGCGACGUAGCAGGAGGUCAGGCCCGCCGUCCAUGGAGUCAGGCACCUCAGCAGCAUGACAAUCUCCGCCCCUGCGACCCAUCGUCGGCGGCGCGGGACCAAACCAACCGGGCAAGCAUGCGCCCGUACAUCCCCAAAUCCACCUUCGCCUUCUGCCACGCGCUCCUCGCCUCCCGCCUCCUCCGCUCCGCCGCCUCCCCAACCGCGCCGCUCCUCUCCGUCCACGCCCUCCUCGUCACCGCCGGCCUCCUCCCGCGCCACCCGGACCUCGCCCUGCUCGCGCUCAACUCGCUCCUCCACUCCCUCUCCCGCCGCGCCGCGUGCCCCGCCCACCCGCACCUCGCGCUCCGCCUCCUCCGCCUCAUGCUCUCCCCCACCACCACCACUCCCCCGGCGCUCCCCGCCCCGGACCACCUCUCCUUUCCCUUCGCGCUCUCCGCCGCCGCCGCACUCGACGCCACCACCCCGUCCUCCUCCUCCUACUCCACCGGGCCGCAGCUCCACGCGCUGCUCGUCAGGAACGCGCUGUUCCCGGCCGACCACUACGUCACGACCGCGCUGCUGCAGCUCUACUCACCCCACCCGGACCUCGCGCGGAGGGUGUUCGACGAGCUGCCACGUCGUGAGGCGAUCCACUACGACCUACUCAUCGGCUCGUACGCGCGCGCGGGGGCACCCACCGAGGGCCUCGCCGUGUUCCGCGCCAUGUUCGACGACGACGACGGGGUGGUGGUCCCGGACGCGGUGGUGCUGACGACGGCCGUGGCGGCGUGCGCGCAGGCGGGGGCGCUAGACCACGGCGCGUGGGUGCACCGGUACGUGGAGCGGACCGCGCCGGGUCUCCUCGCCGACGCCUUCCUCGGGUCCGCGCUCGUCGGCAUGUACGCCAAGUGCGGGUGCCUGGACGACGCCGUGCGGGUGUUCGACGGCAUGCCCGAGCGGAACGCCUACGUGUGGGGGACGAUGGUGGGCGCGCUCGCGGUGCACGGGAUGGCGGCGGAGGCCGUGGCGUGCCUGGACAGGAUGGCGGUCGAGGACGGGGUGCGGCCCGACGGCGUCGCCGUGCUCGGCGCGCUGUCCGCGUGCGCGCACGCCGGGAACGUCGAGGAAGGGCUUUGCCUGCUCAGGGAGAUGCGGCCACGCUACGGCGUCGUGCCCGGGCACGAGCACUACAGCUGCGCGGUCGACAUGCUCUGCCGUGUCGGGCGGCUCGAGGACGCCGUGGGGCUCGUCGAGACCAUGCCGAUGGCACCGCUCGCGUCCGUGUGGGGAUCUGUGUUAGCUGGCUGCCGGAGCUACGGCAACGUCGAGCUGGCGGAGGUGGCGGUGCGUGAGCUCGAGAAGCUUGGUGGCACUGCCGAUGAGGGCGUGUACGUGCAGCUGUCCAAUAUCUACCUCGAUGCCAACCGGAAGGAUGACGCGCGGAGGGUGCGGAAGCUGAUCGGCAGCCGGGGGAUCAAGAAGGUCCCCGCGUAUAGCGCCGUGGAGGUUGACGGCGAGGUGAGCUCGUUCGUCGCCGACGACCAAGCGCACCCGCGGCGGUUUGAGAUUUGGGAGGUGCUACGGCUGCUAGCUGACCAGAUGAGGCAGAAACCGAAGGAAGAAGAAGAAUUUGUUGAAUUGAUUUGCAAUAUUGCAUGCUCGCAAGAAUGUAACGGAGAAAGCUGCUGAUACUUGACGUAGUAUUUGAGAAAUUAUAGGACAUUUCAAUGUCAAUGUCAUUUGGCCAGGGCAUCGGGGGGGAUAUGGCGGCGCUGGUGGCGUGCGUGACGGCCAUGCUGCUCGUGCCGCCGCCGCCCCCUGCAACAUGGUGCCAUGGCAUUGUCUUGUGGUUUGACACGGGGUUCACCGACAGAUUCUGCAAGGAGAAGCCUGUUGUCCUCUCCACCUCUCCCUGUUCUACGCCAAUUCACUGUAACAGACAACCUUCACCUUUGAAGAGCCUAUCGCAAUGGAUCAACCCUUUGUUCAUCUGCACCUGUUGGCACAGAUAAAAGUGCCCAGCUACGAGGUUGAGCAUUGUAGCAUAAGUUGAAACCUGAGCACUGUAGCAUAAGUUGAAACCACGGCAACCAGGUUGAUGGCCGGAAAUGCAGCUGGCCUGUUUGAGAUAUUCAGUUUGUGACCCAAUAUGAUGCCUAUUUGGGUUUAAGUUUUGCUUCCUCCCUACCAUCUUCUGCCAUCAGCAGGCAGCAGCAAUUGUUAUUAGAAUUUUAUUUAUGUGGUUCAAGUUGCUCAUCUGGAGAUUGCUAGAA